GACAGAGGCUAUGUCGCAGAGUGGUGGAUGCGAGAGCAACAAGUGCCCGAGCAACGAACGUUGAACGGGAAUGGUUCCAUGUCUCCCAAUGCCUGGAAAGCAGGAGUGGGCUCCAGGUUCACUUCGUACUGGCCCAGUGUCAUUAUUCAGGAUGACACAAGCCAGUUACAAGAAAUAUACUAUAACGGCAGUUGGUCACAGAACAACUUGGGCCUUGCUUGCCAGAAUCAUUCAGCGUUUGCGGAAAUUCCUGUUUCUAUAAAGGGAGGAUUGAUAGGAGCUGAGAACUUCAUUUACCAGCGAGAUGAUCAGAAGCUGUUCAUUGAGGGGAGGAAGGAUUCCACUGCCAGCGUGAGCACAGUAACUAUACCCGCCAUCACUCUGCCGGCUGAAGCAGCCAUUGGAGCGUUUUCUAUCCCACGCUCUACGGCGAGCAAUAGCGCCAUGAAUAACUAUAUCUUAUGGCAAAACGCCACGGGCGCUAUCCAGAUGACUUGGGAGGAUGACAACACCGGAUGGCGAACCUCGUCGACUCCAGCGUCACUUGGCAUCCCUGACAAAGGCACAGGGAUAAGUUGCCUCACACCAACCCUCUGGGCCGUAGGCUCUUUGCAGCCAGGGUACAGCAUGGCCCGCUGCUACUACUUGGUCGAGGGACGAAUAAGAGAGAUACAAUACGAUGGCUCAAACUGGUCUGUGGUUGGAAACGUGAUAUGAGUUGACACUUUGGGGGUUUUUGGGAGACUUUGUGCAAAGUGUUGGAUAAUACGACAAUUUUGGGGGUAACUACCUUGUGUACAUUAAUUAGGCUUCAGCGGGACAAUUUUGAAGAUCUCGGAUCUUGGCAGCGCACUAAUACCAUUUAAUCAGAAUUAAAUAUUUUUUGAAUGAA